UUUGAUUGUGAUUUGAUAGCAGUCUCUUGUGCAGCUCUAGUCAAACAAUACUAUUACAUAUCCAGUGGAGAGAUCAGAGGGGGGCUGAAUCAAGCUCUGAUCAUCUUUCCUUGCCUGCACAUUGGGACCAUGUUAACAGAGUGGGCUGUCCUGGAGCAGAACUGGGUCACACUUCCUCCUCAUGAUUCAUCAGGAGAACAUGUCAAACUCCACUCCAAACUAAACUGCUUUAUUUGAAUAUAAUAAUCUAUUUGGAGCAACAGCGGAAAGGAGGAGUAGAGUGUGUCCGUUGAAUCUUUGGUAGAUUUUGGUAAAACACAUCCUCCUUCAGCGGAGGGGUGGGGUCUGCACCAGAAGCCCCGCCCCGCGUUGAGUCUGUGACAGGGCAGAGGCAGGGCAGCCCCGGCUUUAUCUGCGCACAUCAUCCACCCUUGUACGCGCAUGUAAACACAGCCGUGAAGAGCAGCCCUCCCUUUAUGACAGCCGCUUAGACAUGUCGCUUUAAGGGUGCUCUUUUUUACCGAAGCUCAAUCACCGACCCGCAGCUGUCUCCAGGCCAAAGGAGACUAAAGGACACCGGGGGAGAGAAAACUCAGGAGUCCCACUAGGUCUCCUUUUCGCUGCAUAUUCUCUAAAUCCGAAAGGGAGCGGAGAGGUUGGAGUUCACUUGACAUAAUGGCAGUGAAUAGGUUGCCAUGGUGACUGAGCCAGGAGCCUGACCCGCGCGAACUGAAUGGAGUCAGCGUCGCGUGAGCCGUAAACAAACGGAACCGAGCGCGCGGACACCGGAGGAACCAGCGGAUCCGGGGAGCGCGUAGAAGCGUGGACCGGAGGCAGCAGCAUGGAAGACGGCUUCUCCAGCUACAGUAGCCUCUACGACACCUCAUCCCUGCUCCAGUUCUGUAACGAUGACAGUGCGUCAGCCUGCAGCAGUAUGGAGGUGACAGACCGCAUCGCCUCGCUGGAGCAGAGGGUGCAGAUGCAGGAGGAUGAGAUCCAGCUGCUCAAGUCUGCUCUGGCAGAUGUGGUCCGCAGACUCAACAUGUCCGAGGAGCAGCAGGCCUUAGGGCCACGCCGGGGCCCCACCAAAGCUCGACCAAUGAUUGCCACUCUUCCAGUGAGGCCCAUGGUCAAUAAUGGGACGGUCCUACCAAAGAAAGGCAGUGGAUUACCCUCCCCAUCUGGAUCUGGGACCAGGAAGGACACAAGUACUGCAGUCAAUAAGAGCACUGUGAGAAGAGCCAACUCCAAUGAACAUGUGAGCUCUCUGUCCCGGAAAGAUUCUGCAGAGACCAAGCGUGCGCGUGCUGGAUCCACAGGCAGCAACUCCAGUGGCAAGAGGAGCGACAGCAAACAAAAGGAGCCAGUCUUCAACCCAGGCACGCGCCGUGUGACCCACUGCAAAGAGGAGGGGUAUGUGAAAAUGUUUUUGAAGGGCCGUCCUGUCACCAUGCACAUGCCCAAAGAUCAGGUGGACAGCUACAGCCUGGAGGCUCGAGGAGAGCUGCCCCCCAACCGCCUCAAACUCCACUGGGUCUAUGGUUACCGGGGACGGGACUGCCGCUCCAACCUGUACCUACUGCCGACAGGUGAAACAGUUUACUUCAUGGCCUCUGUGGUGGUUUUAUACAACGUGGAUGAACAGCUGCAGCGCCAUUACACGGGCCACACAGAUGAUAUCAAAUGCCUGGCCGUCCAUCCUGACAAAAUCACCAUAGCAACAGGGCAGGUGGCAGGGACGUCAUCUGAUGGAAAACAGUUGCCCCAUGUCCGCGUGUGGGACUCGGUCAGCCUUAACACACUCCACGUUUUAGGGGCAGGCUUCUUCGAUCGUGGCCUGGUCUGCCUCGCUUUCUCCAAGUCGAAUGGAGGAAACACACUCUGUGCUGUAGAUGACUCCAAUGACCAUGUGCUCUCAGUGUGGGAGUGGCAGAGGGAGGGGCGACUGGCGGAGGUCAAGUGCUCCAACGAGUCCGUGUUUGCUGCAGACUUCCACCCCACAGACAGUAAUGUGGUGGUGACGUGUGGAAAGUCCCAUCUGUACUUUUGGAACAUGGAGAAGGGGAUGUUGGUCAAGAAGCAGGGGCUGUUUGAGAAACAAGAGAAGCCUAAGUUUAUUCUGUGUGUAACAUUUGCGGAGAAUGGAGACACCAUCACAGGCGACUCCACAGGAAACAUCCUGGUCUGGGGCAAAGGCACUAACCGCAUCAGCCAGGUCAUCCCCGGAGCACAUGAGGGUAGUAUCUUUGCUCUGUGCAUGCUCCGCAAUGGGACACUGGUAUCAGGAGGGAAGGACCGCAGGCUGGUGUCCUGGGACAGUAGUCUACAACAGAUACAAGCUGUGGAGGUUCCAGAGGCGUUUGGCCCUAUCCGGACUAUUGCUGAAGGUCGAGGAGACACUGUUCUCAUUGGAACCACCAAGAACUUGAUCCUACAGGGCAGUCUGGAUGGAGAGUUUGUGCCCAUCACUCAGGGUCACGUGGAUGAACUGUGGGGCCUGGCAGCUCACCCCUCCAAACCACACUUCCUCACCUGUGGAUACGACAGACAGGUGUGUUUAUGGGACUCCAGCUCCCAUCAACUCAUCUGGGCCAAGAGUCUGGAGGACACAGCUCAGUCAGCAGGAUUCCACCCCUCAGGAGAUGUGGUUGCCAUUGGAACCCACUCUGGCAGGUGGCUGGUACUGGACACUGAAUCCAAAGACUUAGUUACUGUCCACACAGACGGGAACGAACAGCUCUCCACCAUGCGAUAUGGACCAGACGGAAACUUCUUGGCCAUUGGUUCACAUGACAAUUAUAUCUACAUCUAUGCCGUGGGGGAGAGGGGGCGCAAGUACAGUCGUGUGGGCAAAUGUUCGGGUCACUCUAGUUUUAUCACCCACUUGGACUGGUCUGUGGACUCCCAGUACUUGGUCUCAAAUUCAGGAGACUAUGAAAUAUUGUAUUGGAUCCCCUCUGUGUGUAAGCAGGUGGUGAGUGUAGAGACCACCAGGGACAUAGAAUGGGCCAGCCACACAUGUACUCUGGGCUUCCAUGUGUUUGGAGUGUGGCCAGACGGUUCAGACGGCACAGAUAUUAACGCUGCUUGCACGUCCAGCGAUAAGAGGUUGCUGGUGACUGGAGAUGAUUUUGGAAAGGUCCACCUCUUCUCUUUCCCCUGCUCACAGUUUAGGGCUCCCAGUCAUGUUUAUGGCAGCCAUAGCAGUCAUGUGACCAACGUGAGCUUCCUGUUGGAUGAUAGUUGCUUGGUUUCGACUGGAGGCAAGGACAUGAGCAUCAUGCAGUGGAGGAUAGUCUGACAAACCAGCUGAACCAGUCAAGUCUCAAAGAGCUCAUCGCACCCAGGAGGCACAGAAGAGGAGGAGAUGGGGAGCUGAAAAACAACUGUACAUUUGCUGAUUUAAUCUCACUUUAUGGUUAAACCCUGACUGAUACUGUAGCCUGUACUCACGUGGACUAAACUACGCAUAUCCAAUGGCUCAUAUCCAUCACCAAAGGCUCCAGAAAGAUGUCAAAGAGUUAGAUUUUGCAGGGUUGUUGUGGCCUCUUAGAACCACUUACAGUCAAAGUAUUGGAAAAAAAAAACUGUGCAUGAUAAGAUAUUUUUAUGUAAUUUUCUAAUACGUUUGUGUUUUUAUUUAUUAACUCAGGAAAGCACUGAAACACAGGAGAGCAGGCCUGUGGCACUCCCCAUCUCAUCUAAGAAAGAGCAACAGUUAAUAUGUGUGUGAUCAGUCUUUUCCACACUAAUGUGGAGAUUUCUAAAAUCUAAAAUGGAUAUAUAAUUCGUUUUCAUGAAAGAACACUGAUAAAUUUGAGUGACUGAUUCUUUGAGCAGAAACAUACUGUUCCAAUGUACUAGAGAUAUUACAGGAGGGAUUUAUCCACUGUAUGAAAUUAAUAGGUUUACAAUGAAAUAUGUCACUUAAAAUUGCUAACAUUUUACACAAUACAAUCUAUUGUUUUACUACAAAAUGGCAAUUUUGAUUUAUUCAUUUCAUAUUUUAUUUUUUUAAUCAAUCAAAGAUCAAUUAAAUAGGUUUGGGCACAUUAAUAUAUGUAUGUGAGACGUGUUUGUAAUCCUUUAAUUUAAAACUAUGGUCAGAUUCAACAAUUCAUGAACUCAAGAUCAAG